AUGCGGAUUGUUCUUCAUCUGUGUGUUUGUGUAUCCAUCCUGACUACUAAUAGUCUGUUUGGUCGGAAGAAAGUUCGUAGAAAGCAUAAUAACAAAGAUUUGGCUAAUUUCACGGUUCGAAAGACAUCUACAAGCUGCAACAACCAACUUGCAAAAGAUAAGCCUGCAACUGAUGAGAAGUGUGAAGGUAGGAGGGAAAGCUUUGUUCUCUCCUUGUCCUUUCUCUUCAUUUUAUCACCAUUUGUUUGUAUAUAUCCUCUCCGAUUACUUCAAAACUAUGCUCCAAGUGUAGUUUCACAACCCUCAAUUCCCUGCUUCUUUCAUUCUUUCACUAAGAUAGAAGUAAAUAUGAACAAGGUUGAUUCGAAGAACAUGAAAUCAUGUUGGUGGGAUAGUCAUCUCAAUCCUGAGAAUUCUGAAUGGCUGGCUGAAAAAUCCAAAGAGAUGAACCAGAAUGUUAAACAAAUAAUGGAAUUGGUGGAAGACAAUAUUGAAGAGCAUUAUCAGAUUAAAUCUGAGGUGAUUGUCCAAGUUCAGGAACUCCGCCGCAUUUAUCAGUCUCUGGCUGAGCGCUAUGAUAAUUUGACUGGUGAAUUGCGCAAAAGCCUACCAUCUGACACCCUAAUUCGAGACGCUGAUGGCGGUUUGAAUCAAGACUCUUCUAUGGUAACACCUGAUAAAAAGAUGGGUAUACACAAGUCUGUUCAACAAACUUCAUCUUGCAGUUCUGGUGGUGGUAAUUCUGAACUGUCAUCGAAGGACGUGACUGAAUCAUCUUCAUUCUCAUCAGAUUCCGAAUCUGAAUCUUUCAGCUCGUCUAUCAACAUCUACUUGAGUUCAGUGAUGGAUGCUGAUAACGGUGUAGAGCAUCAUAAAGUAAUUGAGCAAGGAAGUGAACUCUCAACAAUAAAGGAAAAGAUACAGGUGGUUGAUGAAGAGAAUGCAGAUGGUAAUUCAACUAUUGGGGGAAACAGAAGCUAUGAAGAACUGAAUGGAAGACUCACCAAGUGUGAAGAAGAGCUAAGGAAUUCCAACCUUAAACUCCAGCUUGCAGAAGAAGAGGUUAUCAGGUUGAAUGCAGAGCUUAAGAAGAGUGAGUCUGUUUCUGUCCUUGCUGAGAACAUGACUGUUCAACUUGAAUCAUUGGAGAGAGACAAGAAAAUGAGGGAAGCUGAUAUUGAGUUGGAGAAGGGAAAGGCACUUGAAUUACAAAAACAUAUACUUGAGCUUGAAGCUCAUGUUUCAGACUCCAACUCCAAAGCUUUGAGGCUGAUGGAGGAGCUUGCUGGAAGUAAAGAAAAGAUCAAGGCAUCAGAGGAAGAGAUUGCAAUGUUGAAGCAUGAGACUCGAGAAGAGAUAGCAACAUUGAAAGCCCAACUGGACAUAGAGAAGAGGCUGGUUGUGAACUUACAGGAGCAGAAUUUGAGGUACAAAAACGAUCUAUCUAAUCGUGGUCAUGAAGCUGAGGAAUUAAAAGGUGCAUUACGCGAUGCCCAGGAUAAUUUCUCAAUGCAAAAAGCAAGUUUCCAGUCAGAAAGUUUUGGUCUGUUAGAAAAAGAGACCCUCCUAGAGGCUAGUCUCAAGGAAUGGGAACAAAACGGUAGAACAUUGGAGGAAAAAAUAAGGCAAUGUGAAACAGAGAAGAUGGAAAUGAAAUAUUUGUAUGGUGUUCAAGAGACCGUGUUGCAAGGUCAGAUCAGUGAGCUGUGGGCAGAACUUAAUGACAAAGGUGUACACUUGGAAGCUCUGAACAAGGACUUUAACAAAUUGAAAUUGAAAUAUGAUAUGCUCAUGGCAGAGAAAGAUGGUCUUACUGCAGAGGUAAACACUCUUGUAGCCGAGGCUCGUUCCCGAGAUUUGCAUAUUCGGCAAAUGGAGGAGCAUCUACAGCAAUUAAGCAGGGAACAUCUGCAGCUAAUUUCAGGAACAAAUCAUGCUAAGAAUCUAGAGGAUGAAUUAAAAUUGAAGAUAAAGGACCUUGAGAAGGAAGUGGAUAGGCAGAGAAUCAUGAUCUUAGAUGUGGCUGAGGAGAAAAGAGAGGCAAUAAGACAGCUCUCUUUCACUCUGGAGCACUACAGGAGUGGUUAUAAAGAAUUUCAGGCUUUUCUCAAGCACAAACGACAUGCAGUUAUGGGUUCAUGAGCUUGAUUGAUUUGUGUAUUAGUAUAGUUACAAGUCUUGAUA